AUGCUCGGGUUGCGGGAGGUGCGGCUUUUGCAAACCGUCCUCCACCCAACGCGGCGGAAUUACGUCCUCGACGUGGGGGCCGUUAAACGGCGCAUCAUCGAGGACCACGCAGGGGGGUUUGUUCCGUUUCUCGUCGUCGGUCUCUUCGGCGGGGGGCUGAGCGGGGCGGUGGACCCCCUGCCCGCCCUCGCGGACUUUUGCGCGCGGAUUGGGGUCUGGUUCCACAUCGACGCCAGCCACGGCGCGGCCGCUUUGAUCUCGGCAAUUCCGCAGGCGAAUGUUUCCUCUUCUUCGCCUUUUUUGAAUGGAGGGGAGGACGAGAUGGCGUUUCGCGAGGCCGCGGAGCGUGCCGAUUCCAUCUACGUCGAUGGCGAGUCGGUGGGGCUUCCGUUUUCGCUUUUUUCUUCUUUGGUGGGCGGGAUGGCGCCGUUGUCGGGGUGGGGUGCGCUGCUGUAUGUGGCCAACACCGCGAAGGUUCAGUGCGCGCUGCGGGAGGCCGAGAUGGGGACGUCCCCGCAUAACAGUUUCCUCCCCACGGGCCAGGGAGGAGGGGAAUCCGUUCUGACCGCGUCCAUGCUGCGCUUGCCCCCGUUGGAGGUGAUUUCACUGGGCUACGGCCUUGUCGAGGAAGAUCAAGCGCGGGGGGGGUUGGGUUCCUCUUUGGGGGGGCUUCCGCGGCGUGUUCGGCGGCAACAGGGACUGAUGGGCCGUUUACAGCUCCACCUUCUCACGGACGGCCGUUUCGACGCCCCAUUUCGCUCCGCCGGCUUCGGCCUUCUUCUUUUUCGCUGGCUUUUACAGGACGACGAGGCCACGCGGCGGCUCGCGGCGGUCUGGCAUGACGUUCUCACCGACCGAGACGUCGGCCCUGUUCGCGUGUACCUUUGCCUGGUAGUGCUGCAGAAGCGCGUUUGGCUUCAAAUCCACCUAUCCGAACCCCCCCUGCUGGCCACGGAAAACGAAGAGGAGAAAGGCUUCGCGGACGAUCCUGACGAGGGCGCCCGUAGUGCGGAGGCGUACGUGAUGUCGACCUUGCAGGAGGCAGUUGCCCGGAUGGACAAUGAGAGGUUUGGCGACUCCCCUGCAGGGGAGGCGCCACUUCGUACAAAGGGGUGA